AUGGCUGGCUCCGACGCAAGCUACAAGAAACUCAAAGAAGACUUUGUAUCCAAUCUUUCAGGUGGUCCGGCCGGCGAGGUCAACUACGUAAUUGGUGUUGCGCCCGUAUGUUCUUUGUACCCUCUCGCGUGGCGCGCCUCUUAUAUCGGCUCCAAGCUCCUCGGACGCAAUGGAUCCAUGUUUGGUGGUAAGAACAAGAGGCGGUCCGAGCACCCGAGCGAGGAUAAAUCGAGGAAGUACCCGCCCGUCAGCAUGCCCAACAACAUGCCUGGCAAUGGUGAACCCCGAGCCUCGAUAGAUUCGAGAGCGUCGCGCCGGUCCUUCUCCUUGGGGUUCGGCAAGAAGCGCAGCGGUAGCAUCAGCGGUUCUCAUACAUCCCUGGAGAAGCCUCAGAACCCUAGACGAUUCUCGCUGCUUCCGCAAUCUUUUUCUAGGGCCAUGGGCAUCAACAAGGACUCUGGAAGCCCCCCGCCCGACUCUCAGAUGUCUCAACAAGACCUUCCCAUCCAGGACCCUGCUGAGAUGGACGACCAAAGAAGAUACGGCGAUCGGCCAGUGCAGUCUCGUGGCCACGCCGGUUACUUUGAUGGCGCCGAGCCAAUGCCAUUCCUCCGCACAUGCAGCAGCAGCAGCAGCAACAGCAAGGAUCCGUGCUCAACACGGGCUCCGACUCUUCUUUAG